GUCAAGCGCCUGUUGGUAGGAACCCGCUUGGCGUCGGGUCUGAGGAGGUUUGUGGUUGCCCUGGCUUUAGCUAAAGCAGGCGUCGGGGGACAAUCCACAGGAGGGAACAGGCCAUGGACGAUCAGGGGUGCCCCCGGUGUAAGACCACUAAAUACCGGAACCCCUCCUUGAAGCUGAUGGUGAAUGUGUGCGGGCACACUCUGUGUGAAAGUUGUGUGGAUUUGCUGUUUAUGAGGGGAGCUGGAAACUGUCCUGAGUGUGGCACUCCACUUAGAAAGAGCAACUUCAGGGUACAACUCUUUGAAGAUCCUGCUGUGGACAAGGAGGUUGAGAUUCGGAAAAAAGUGCUAAAAAUAUACAAUAAAAGAGAAGAAGAUUUUCCUAGUCUAAGAGAAUAUAAUGACUUCCUGGAAGAAGUAGAAGAAAUUGUUUUCAACUUGACCAACAAUGUGGAUUUGGACAACACCAAAAAGAAAAUGGAGAUGUACCAAAAGGAAAACAAAGAUGUCAUUCAGAAAAAUAAGUUAAAGCUGACUCGGGAACAGGAGGAAUUGGAAGAAGCUUUAGAGGUAGAAAGACAGGAAAAUGAACAAAGAAGACUGUUUAUUCAAAAAGAAGAACAAUUGCAGCAGAUUCUAAAAAGGAAGAAUAAGCAAGCAUUUUUAGAUGAACUGGAGAGUUCUGAUCUUCCUGUUGCUCUACUUUUGGCUCAGCAUAAAGAUAGAUCUACCCAGUUGGAAAUGCAACUUGAGAAACCUAAACCUAUAAAACCAGUGACAUUUUCCACAGGCAUCAAAAUGGGUCAGCAUAUUUCUUUAGCACCUAUUCCAAAGCUUGAAGAAGCUCUUUAUGAAUACCAGCCACUGCAGAUAGAGACAUGUGGACCACAAGUUCCUGAGCUUGAGAUGCUAGGAAGACUUGGGUAUUUAAACCAUGUCAGAGCUGCCUCUCCACAGGAUCUUGCUGGAGGCUAUACUUCUUCUCUUGCUUGUCACAGAGCGCUACAGGAUGCAUUCAGUGGGCUUUUCUGGCAGCCCAGUUAACCUUUAUUUCUUCUUUAUAAGACCUUGGAUCCGAACCAGGAAGCUGGCAAAACUAAAGCAGACUUGUACAAGUAUAGCCAUGCGCAGCUGCACCACAACAGUCCUACACACUAGCAGCUGUGUUAAAGUAUUUAUAAGAGAAAAUUUCAGAACUAAGCUGAGUAAUAUAGUGGAUAAAUAUAUGUGAAAAAGAUUUAUUUUUUACUUAUAUUUUUCUGAGAGGGACUGAAGCUGUAAACUUCAUCUGAUGGAAGAUAUGAAUAAUUCACCCAUGUAUGCUUGAGGUUGACAGACUUGUAAAAUCUUUUUAAAAAUAAAGCUAGACUUUAUAUUAA